CUUCGUCUUAACAUCUUUUUUUGCGUGAAUUUCGUGAUAUUUUUGUUUUAUCGGUUGUUUACGAUUGCAAGUCAACUUAAUCCUGAAUCUACAUAAAUAGAAUGAAAUAAUAAAUGAAUUCUUAAUACGAAUGCUUUUGAAAUGAUUAAAAAGUUGUAGUGUAUGUGGCGAACGUCACAUAUAUAUAUAUUUACAUUUGCGCUUAUUCAACUCAAUAAAUCAUCUGUUGUUGAUUGUCUGACUCGCAGAAGAAGAAGAAGAAGAAAAAAUACAAAGAGCAUAUAGAAAAAUAUUAAACAAACGUACAUUUUAUUAGACCAUUGUAGCUGGAAUAUUGGUGAUAUUGAAACUAAUGGAAACUGAAGGGCCUCUACUACAAUUUGCUCCGUUACAAUCUUUCGUCAGCCCCUCAUUUUGGCAUAAGUUAACCGAAAUUAAGAUAGAUUUCGAUCGUUUAAAUGACGAACCUAAAUCUAUUUGCGGCUACUAUUCGCCUCGGCAGGCGAAGUCCUGCUUAUUGGAAGUGGAUUGUACUGCUUUUAACAGUAAUUUUAAAGAACCGAAAUUUUGCUUUAAAGCUUAUGGUACAAUUUACAAUAAAAACACUUUAGAAAAGUUCAAGGAAACAGAUAAAACUUCUCUACUCCAGCAAGAAGGUUCAAAGCUACUGGAAGAGUUUCGUACUGAUACAAUUUUAAAAGAUCCCAGUCGUUUAGCUAGAUUUUUUAUUUUAUCCUUUGCUGAUUUGAAAAAUUAUAAUUAUUACUAUUGGUUUGGAUUCCCUAGUCCCUUAACGAGUACUUUGAAGUUGAUGAAUCCCGUCGUAAAAUUAAGAGACAUUCCAGAAAAAGGAUCACUAAUACAAGAAGCCUUUGCAAUGAGGGGUGCGGAAUGCGCAGGAAACUUUUUUAUACUCUCUGUGAAUAAAGACAAUAAAAAUUGCUUUACGCUCAAGGAAUUCGUGAAUAAAUUUAAAAGCUUGCCGGAGGGUGGAAUAAAAGAUUUAUACUUUUGCUUUGCCGACAAUAGUGAAUAUGUGGAACCAUCGUGGGUGAUGCGUGUUUAUGUAGCAUUCUUAUUAUAUAAAUGUCCCUUUUUGUUGCAACAAAAACUUCAAUUUGUUGGCGUACGUUACGAUCGAGAUAUGAAUUGGAAUGAGAGCCAAAUAUGGCAAGUUAAGCAAAGUAUUGAAGCUGAUGAUUAUUUGAAGGAAUUUAAUAAUGAAAAUGUGAAAUUCGUCGGCUGGGAAUUAAAUCGUAAUCGGAAACUUCAACCACGUAUGAUCUCAAUGAAAGCGAGCAUGGAUCCGACCAUUUUGGCAGAAAAUUCCGUAAAUCUAAAUUUAAAAUUAAUGAAAUGGCGCUUGCUACCUGACUUAAAUCUGAAUAUAUUGGCGACGACUAAAUGUUUGCUAUUUGGGGCUGGCACUUUAGGUUGCGCCGUGGCACGAACGUUAUUGGGAUGGGGUUUCAAACGCAUUACUUUUGUUGACAGUGGUAAAGUAAGUUUUUCCAAUCCGGUGCGUCAGUAUUUGUACACACAUCAAGACGCUUGCAAAGACAAUAUUAUGAAGUCUACAAUAGCAGCAGAACGUAUUAAAGAAAUUAAUCCAUCAGUGAAUUCUUCAGGUUAUGUUUUAAAUAUACCUAUGCCGGGUCAUCCAAUUGGCGAAAGAUUAAAGGAACAAACUAUUAAAGAUUUAAGUAAAUUGAAAGAUUUGGCUCAACAGCAUGAUGCGUUUUUUUUGCUAACCGAUUCUAGAGAAAGCCGCUGGUUGCCAACUCUACUAGGAACAGCUUAUCAAAAGAUAGUCAUUAAUGCUGCUCUAGGCUUUGAUAGCUAUUUAGUUCAGCGCCAUGGUUCUACAAAGCGUGCGGAGAAAAUCGGCGAUUCAGCUACAGAAGUACAAGUAGAUAAUCUGAGAUGUAUUAAAGGUGAAGACUUGGGCUGUUAUUUUUGUAAUGACGUUACAGCACCAGGAAAUUCUCUAAAAGAUCGUACUUUGGAUCAACAAUGUACUGUCACCCGACCUGGAGUUUCGAAUAUAGCAGCUAGUUAUGCGGUUGAAUUGUUGGUAUCUUUAUUGCAACAACCGUUAAAAGAAUUGUCUCCCGCCUAUUACGCGACAACAAAAGGUGCAAAUGGGAAUACUAGCGAUAUACCUGAAGGUCUCUUAGGAGUAAUACCGCACUCUAUACGAGGCUCACUUUUUAAUUAUGAAAAUAUUUUACCGGCAACGCGGAAAUUUACUCAAUGUAUUGCUUGUUCCGAGAAAGUUGUCGGAGCUUUCCAAGCCGAAGGUGACAUUUUUCUCUUUAAAGUUUUCCAAACUUCCACUUAUUUAGCAGAUCUAACUGAUAUUUCCAAAUUUGGGGAAAUAAACAACGAGGUAAUUGAUCUGGAAUCGGAUUUGGAAUUAUCUGACUAAAUAUAUUCAAUAGUUAGAUAAUUAUUAAGUGAAAGAAUGCAAACAUUUAUUACGCAUUUAUAUACAUAACUGAAUUUUCACAUAAUAUUAAUUAAGUAUAAUUAAUUUGGAUUUUUUAUUAUUGCUAGAAAUAUGCGUUAUUUGUAAAAAGACAAGAAUAAACUGAAGUCCAUAUAAAUUUAUAAAGAAAAAGUAAACAUGGCUUACAUCGAAUUUUUCUGUUCUUAUUAUGGUGCGUCCACAUACAAUACCAUAGGUGCGAUAUUUGUCAGCAUACGGCGAAAACGUUACGUAAUUAAAAAAGACUUUGUGUAGACGGGAAAGUUUCCUCAAUGAACGAAUGGAAAAUGGAUAUUUAAAAUCAUGUAGUAUUAUACAAUAGCGAUGGCGGUGCCUUUCCACACUUUGAGGGGUCCACAUUAUUUGCGUGCUACAAAGCUGUAUAAUACAUUCCUAACGCGUUGAAGUGUGCCUUAAAGGCUUCAUCCAGAAUUAAAUGCGAAUCAGGCUCAUGAUAAUUGUUUUGCGCGUUAUAAUAAGGACAAGGGAGUCAUCAAAAUUUACGCGUGGCUUGCACGCAGGAAAUGCUGUUUUGCUCAUCCUAAUUUCACUGGAAAGGACGCCCCCAUAUAUGUUUCUUUUCGAACCAUGUUCAUAACUAAUCAUUAACCAUGGUCAAGUCGUUCCGGAGGAAACACGGUUUCAGGCCCAGAUCAAAGUUAACUGUACGACAACGUCGUAAUGAACUUUUGCACCGGAAAUCCCCUUUGGUUUAUUGGAAAACGCAGGAUUCAUCGAAAGCGUUUUGCCCGAUUUAAUCAAUGUUGAAAUUUAGCGGUGGAAUUUUAAAGGGCCAAUUAAAGUUUUGAUUUAACAUAUAUAAAUACGGCAAUUUAAAAAAAACUGGAAAAUGUUCAAAUUUUUCUUUUUUAAAUCAAUUUGCUAUUCAUGGUUCUUAAAAAAGUCUUCACACUUUGUAAGGUAUCUGAAAUAUUACAUAUUUCACACAAUAUAGAAUCGUCGCAAUCAUAUUAAAAAACCAAUUCUUUGUAGAUUUCUAAAAUUAUUUCUUCCGUCAAUCAAAUUCUGCGUAGACGCGCAUAAAUAUUUUAUUUACAAAUUAUGCUUGAAUGAUCUAUUUCCCCUUUCUCUAAAGUGAACAAUCUGUUUGCUUAUCAUAAACAAGUUGAAAUGAACUUUGCUU